AUGCACGAUUUUUUUUUAAAAUCCAAAUUCAACAUUCUGAGUAGCCCGUUGUUCAACAAUUUUUAUAAAAGAAAUAACGAAGAUGAAUAUUUCAAAAAAGAUAGAAAUAAUAAUGAUGAUUUAGGAGUGAUGCAUAAUUAUGCCGAUGACAGUGAAUGGAGAGAACAUAAUAAGAAAGAUAGGAUGACAAGCCUGAAAAAUGAACUGAAUGAACAACUUAUUUAUACUUAUUAUAAUAAUUUUAAUAAUAAUUAUGAAUAUUAUAAUAAAAGUACAGAAAAAUUAAAAGAAAAAAAUAAUGAGGAUGAAUAUAACGAAGAACAGGAAUAUGAACCAACAGCUAAUCUAUUACAAGAUAAAAAUAAAAUAAAUGACAUGAACAAUUUUUAUAAUAAUUUUAAUAAAAACAGUUUAUUUAAUUAUCAAAAUUUUCAAAACGCCGAUAAAAAUUUUUUAUAUUUAUUAAACAAAAAAAAUAAAAACAAUUCAACAAAUGAAAACAUUUUAGUGGAUGAAUUUAAAAAACUUAAAAACCAUGUUCUUUUUUUACAAAUGAUGAAUGUAAAUUUACAAAAACAACUACUGACAAAUCACUUAAUUAAUACCCCUAAAAUAAUGCCACAUCAUAUUAUCAUAAAUAAUAAAACAGAAGUUUCUUCGAAUGCCGUUAGUGAAAUUCAAAACAACAAAGAUAAAAAAAAAAACGGAACCAUGUAUAUUUUGUUAAAAAAAAUAUUAAGUAGUAGAUUCAAUCAAAUGAUUUUUGUAUCAUCCAUUUUUAUUUCUUUCUAUUUAAUUAACAAACAUUGGCAAAGAGCUCUUAAAAUCUCACAGCUACAAAAAAAAAUUAAUUCAAAUUUUUUAUUAAAAAGUGUAAGAUUAUUUGAGGAAUCUUUGGGCAUAAGGAAAAAUAAGUAUAUUUAA